GUUCCCUAGCUCGCUGAAGUUGGAGUCUUUGUUUCUUAUGAAAUUAAUAAGUAAAAUAUUUUCGAGUGCCCAUAAAAUUGAUCAGAUUGCAGUACAUAAAAGAAUAAUGGAGUGCGCUAGAUGUGUGUGUAAAUAAUUAAGACGAGUUAAGCGGUAGAAUAACAUUUGAAAAAAUAGCUUUGGGCGGCGACUCUUCCCUGUCGCCUUGUUGUUGUAGUUUUAGUUGAGAGUGAGCUCAGCGCUUCGUGCAACAGCAACAGCAACAACAACAAGCAGCAGCAGCAGCGAAAACAAGUCGACUCACCUGUGCAAAAGUGCACAUAAUGACCACCCAACGACCGCAUCGAAAUGCCACCAGCGCAGCGGCAACAACAAUCGGUAGUGGUGGUAGCAGCGGUGGCGGCGGCAGUGGUGGUGAGUCCGAAUACGAGACGUUGAUGCAGCGACUGCACAUCAGCGGAGCACCAGUUUUGACAGCAACAACAAACACAAAUUCCAAUGCAAUGAUGGGCCUCCGUAUCUAUCAGCGCUCUCCCGGUGCCAUUGAGAACUUCAUGCACGAUGGACAGCAGCAACACCAACAACAACACCAUCAGCGCAUGCCUUCUAGCGAGGAUUAUAAGCUGUACGAGCGCCAGAACAUUAUUGCCGCUUCCAAAUAUGCCACGCCCAAGCCAGUGGAACAAUUAGGAGGCAAUCACGGGCACGGUCACACCAAUGGUAGCCAUCACUCGCCGUUGCCGCCGCCACCAUCGUCACCACACAUCUAUGCGCCCACUGCCCAAAUACUAGGCCAACGCAUUGCGCCCCAGAAGCAUUCGCCCGUCUACGAAAAUCUGGACUUCUACGGCGCUAACUCACAAUUCGAGUCGAAUUACAAGCGCGCCCAGCCCCAGAGUCCGGCUAGUCGGCAAAGCGCCAUGCUAAACGACUAUCUACUGAUGCAGCCCAUUGGCGGCGGACGUUUUGCCCACACGCCCGUUCCAGAGGCUACGGUGCACCACAACAACACGUUACACAAUCACGGCCACGGACAAAACAACAGCCAGCAACACGACGAGGUGGCGCCCAUAUACGAAAACAUCAUACCACAUUCGGGCCAACGUGCUCAGCCGCAGGCCUCGCCCGCCACAGCGACUAUGUAUCAACAUACGGAAAUGGCCACGCCCACGCCGAAUAGUAGCAUGGGGAGUGGCAAUACGGCAGGCGGAUCUCUGGUGCAGCACUCACGCGAACACUCCGGCCUGGACAUGAAUGCAUUAUUAGCCUCGCCCAUGCACCAGCGCAGUAUCUCCAAUAUGUCUAAUGCGGGUGCAUCGUCGACGGCGACGGGAACGCUCAGCUCUCCCACGCAACGAUAUAGGAAUCUGUCACUGCCCAGCCACCUUAGCCCGGUGCCGCUGUCGCCGGCGAAGCUUCAGCAGCAUACGCCCAUCAAGCACAUGCCCAUGCACGGGGGCAUCAACGUGUCCGUGAAUCCCAAUUAUAUUGAAGACAUCAAUAGCUCCGACUAUGUCUGCAUGACGGCAAAUCUGCAUCGCAACACGGCUGCCAGAAGCCCCACAAGUAGCAGUGGCAAUGGCACCACCCAAAGCGCUGGUCUCGGUGGUUCAAUGAACAAUCCGGCCAGUCCAAAACGUGCUCCAAUUGUGGAGGACAGGCAUCCACAGGAGCCGGCUAUGGUGGCUUCACAGCCACUCCCUACAGGCACCGCCGGACGUAUGCGGCCGUCCAACGAGCGCGAGUUCACGCAGUCACCAGCAUUGCAGCUGCGUGCCACGCCCAUUUCCACAGCACCACUGGCUGUGGCCACCUCGCCCACACCCUCGCAGGGCAGCACAGCGGCUACAGCCGCUUUGGUGCCAAAACGAGGUCUCACCAAAAAUCUGCUGCCCUACAGCGUCACACCGCCGCGUCCGGCUGGUCCGACCGAGGCGCAACGUAAAAUCGAGGAACUCACUCGCCAGCUAGAGGAAGAGAUUGAGCAGAGUGAGGAGCAUGGCGAAUAUUUCGGCAUUUGUCACACCUGCGGUGAGAAGGUGAAGGGUGCUGGCCAGGCCUGUCAGGCCAUGGGAAACUUAUAUCACACCAACUGCUUUAUUUGCUGCUCCUGCGGUCGGGCUUUGCGUGGCAAGGCCUUCUACAAUGUCCAUGGACGUGUCUACUGCGAGGAGGAUUACAUGUAUUCGGGCUUCCAGCAGACUGCGGAAAAGUGCGCCAUUUGCGGACACCUGAUCAUGGAAAUGAUUCUGCAAGCCAUGGGCAAGUCAUAUCAUCCUGGCUGCUUUCGCUGCUGCAUUUGCAACGAAUGUUUGGACGGCGUGCCCUUCACAGUGGACGUGGAUCACAAGAUCUAUUGUGUGAACGACUAUCAUCGGAUGUUUGCGCCCAAAUGCGCCAGCUGUGGCAAAGGAAUCACACCCGUCGAGGGCACGGACGAAACCGUGCGAGUCGUGUCCAUGGACAAGGACUUCCAUGUGGACUGCUAUAUUUGCGAGGAGUGUGGCAUGCAGCUGACCGAUGAACCAGACAAGCGUUGCUAUCCGUUGGACGGACGCUUGCUCUGCCGGGGCUGUCAUCUGCAGCGUCUGGCGCUGCAAUCCUCUCCUCACGCCCGCCACCAGGAGCCGGUGUGUGCCUCGUAUCAGUAUAUGGGCUGAAGCUCAGGCUGCCACAUCUCCGGCACUGUAUUCCAUAUUUAUGGCAUUUAUCCAUUAGCUACAUAUACCCACAUGUAUUCCUUGAACGCUGACUGCGCCAGAAGUGGGACUCUAACCCGCUGCUGGCUUUGAUAUAAUCUGUAUACACAAAUACUUAGAGACUACACUUAAGCUGUGCGCACAAAGCAGUGGAUGCUCAGUAAAUGCAACCAUUUUGUCCCUUUCAAAUAUAUUUCCAAAUGCAAAAAAUGCUGAACUCAACUAACUGCCUCAGAAUACACCAGAAGAGAAACUAAAUCAAAUGGAUAUAGAUAAACCCUUAUAUCGGAAAACUAUGCGAAAUCAAUGCUGACAAAUGGAAAUGAAAUCGAAAACAGGCCUGAUAUUUGAAAUUUAUUUUCCAAAUAUUAGUUAGUAUUCAUCACAGUACUUCGAUCAUAAUUUCUUCGAUAGGACAUAGGACAGAAAUUGUCGAAGGCAUGCAGUCAGCUUGUAAAUGGUAAUUAUUUGAAAGUAGACACUUUGUAGAAACUUUUGAAACUGAUGAAGCAUUGUUUGUAUAUUUAUACGUAAAUUUUAAUUUGUAAAUGUUCAAUUGUGGCAAUUAACAAACAUUUGUUCGCACAAACAACAACACACUACACCUGCAGACUAUUGCAAUGGAAAGCGUUUUUUUGGUAAUUGUUAGCAUCCACUGCGUAAACACUUUGAAGUAAUCUAUUCCAAAAUCGCCACUAAACAUACAUUAAUGUAAACAACGGAUAUUUCUUAAUGCAUAUUAAUAAAAAAUACAAAUAUUGAACGAA